AUGACUGUUGCAAGGGACACACCGCACCGCGCCUCUGUUUCCGGCAGCCUGCCGUCGCGAAACUCUUACUCACGAUCUCAUAAUACCCCUGCUAUGCUCGGCUCCUCCUACAACCCUACCCACCGUGUCACUCGCCGCAAGAGCACCACUCUGAGUGCAGCAACCAGCGCUCAGGCAAUCUCCCAAGCCAUCAACAUCGAUCAGUCCCAGGCUUCCCGACGAUCUGUCCCCUCCCGCAGUGCUCUCGGCUCCGUCAGCCAGGCCAGCUACCCCUCUCCUCCCAGCAGCUUGCCUCAGGGCGAUAAGACUGCUGAUGACAAGAAGAUCAAGGCUCGCCGCGGCAGCGAUGGCUCCGUCUUGUCGAAGAAGAAGUCGGCUGCUGGUGAGCUCAAGUGUGAGACUUGCGGAAAGGGCUACAAGCACAGCAGUUGUUUGACAAAACAUCUCUGGGAACACACUCCUGAGUGGCAGUACACCUCCAAACUCCUCAUCUCCAAGCAUCAGCAGGUCCAGUUGUUAGAAGCCGCCUCGGUCCUCGUUGCCAUGAACGGAGAUGCCACCCCCGGAGAUAGCAAGCUCAGCGACAGCGAUAACUCGUCUGCAUCUCCUGCUGCCUCAGGCUUCGACUCGAGAGAAGACGAUAUCAGCUCGGCCGAGACGACGCCCCCUCCUCACGGAGAGCAAGCUUUCGGACACAACAAGCGCUACAGCAAUGCCAGCAGCUUUGUUUCGCGCUCAUACCAGUCCGAAUUCUCCGCUCGUCCCGAGUCUUCCCACGCCCGCCAUUGGAGUACCUCAAGCAGCAGACCCGUCACUGCUGCCACUUCGCUCGCUCAGAGCUACCCUGACGAGGACCAGGCAGACCUUGCAGCUGCAGUCGGCUUACUCAGCUGCAGCUAUGGCACCCCCACCUAUGGCCCCACCAGCCUCGGCCAUGAUGUGCCUCCGGUUCCUCCACUCCCUGCAAGAUAUCAGAACUCGUACCAGCCAAGCUCCUUGGCAAAUGCACACCAGUUCCGCGAGGAUGUCGACAUGGAAGAGGAAUCAUACUCGGACGACGAGGACCACGAAACCAGCAGAGCCGACGAAGGCGACGAUGGUGUCUUUGGAACAAUGGAAGAGUAG